CAACAUCAAAUUGAAGAAUAGCAAGAUGGCCGUGGAAUCCAACAUCAAACCGAAGAAUCAACAAUAUAGCUACUCUGAGGUUGUGAGAAUAACUGAUAACUUCAAUACCAUUAUUGGAGGAGGAGGAUUUGGAAAAGUUUACUUGGGAACUCUGGAAGAAACUCAAGUUGCUGUUAAGUUGCUUUCUCCAUCAUCGAACCAAGGCUAUAAGGAAUUUCGGGCAGAGGCAGAAAUCUUAGUGAGAGUUCAUCAUAGAAACUUGGUCUCUCUCGUCGGGUACUGUGAUGAGGGUGAAAACAAAGCGCUCAUCUAUGAGUACAUGGCUAAUGGCAACCUACACCAACAUUUAUCAGGUACCAAUAUGAAUGUCCUGAACUGGAAUCAGAGAAUUCAAAUUGCGGUGGAUAUAGCACAAGGGUUGGAGUAUCUGCAUAAUGGUUGCAAGCCAACUAUCGUUCACAGAGAUUUAAAGACUACCAAUAUCUUAUUAAAUGAAAAUAUGGAAGGAAAGAUAGCUGAUUUUGGGUUGUCAAGGACUUUCGCAGCAGAAAGUGAUACUCAUGUGUCAACUCGUCCUGCUGGAACACUUGGAUACCUUGAUCCUGAGUUUCAUGCAUCUGGAAACUUUAACAAAAAAAGUGAUGUUUAUAGCUAUGGUAUUGUCCUCUUUGAGCUAAUUACAGGCCACCCAGCAAUAAUAAAAGGACCUGAAGAAAACACCCACAUACUUGACUGGGUUUAUCCUAUAAUUGAAAGUGGGGAUAUUCAAAACAUUAUUGAUGCAAGGUUACAUGGAGAAUUCCACAAAAAUUCUGCCUGGAAAGCUGUGGAGAUAGCCAUGUCAUGUGUACCACGUGUGGCAAUCCAAAGGCCGGACAUGAGUCAAGUAUUGAUAGAAAUAAAGGAAUGUUUGACUCUGGAGAUGGCUUAUGAAAGAGGCCAAAAUAAGACAACUUCAAACAGUCAACUUGUAGCGGCCUCUUUAGAGCUUGAAUCAGAUAUUGCUGCCCUUGCUAGGUAGUUAGGUUUGUUUGCAGUCAGAAUUUCCUUCCAUGCAAUAUGUUCUAGGCCAAAUAUCUAGUAUUAAUUACAUUAGUUUUUAAAAAAUUUCUUAAUACUUAUUUCAUGUUUGGAUCACUUUUUCAAUUAGGUUCG